AUGGGUGGAAGUUCUAUUGUUUCCGUGAAUGAUUGGGAGUUUGCUUCUCCGCCUAAUAAUGUCAAGACAUUGGUUUUGUUUGGGCAAACCAACAAUGGCAAGAGUGCAACUGGUAACACUAUUCUUGGAAAAAAGGUUUUCAAGACAAAGACAAGCUCCUCCAGUAUCACCACCUCUUGUGAAAUACAGACAAUUGUGAUGAAUGAUGGACAAGUCAUUAAUGUUAUUGAUAGUCCAAAAUUAUUUGAUCUUUCUGCUAAAUCUAUUGGGGAAGAAAUACUCAAAUGCAUUGGUUUAGCUAAGGAUGGGAUCCAUUCCAUCAUUGUAGUGUUGUCUAUUAAAACACUCUUUAGUGUCGAAGAAGAAAAUGCUCUACGUAGCUUGCAGAUAUUGUUUGGAAGCAAAAUUGUUGACUAUAUGAUUGUGGUCUUUACCAAUGGAGAUGCAUUGGAAAAUGAUGAUCUGACGCUAGACGAUGAUUAUUUAGGCCAUAAAUGUCCUGAACCUUUAAAGGCAAUUAUUUCAUUAUGUCAUAAUCGAUAUGUGCUUUUUGAUAACAUUAUAAAGGAUAAAGAGAAUAGAUUCAAACAAGUUCAACAACUACUCUCUUUGGUAAACCAGCUUUAUGGAAAUUUCAGUCAGAAACAUGUAGUGCACAAUUGGAUAGAAAGACUGAGGCUUUGGCUAAAGAAACUAUCAGUAUUUCAAAAGUCACUGCUCCAUAAUGACAAUGCUUUGGAUGAGAAAAUAGGUGUAAACCAAGUACCAAAUGAAAAACUCCCUAAAAUUUUAGAGGAGAUGAGGGAGAAUGGUUGUUCUCCUAAUGUUGUGACUUAUACUAUUAUGUUGCUCGGUUACGAUAAAGCAGGAAAAUUGAGAAAAGCUUUGGAGGCAUAUGAAAGAAUGAAGAAUGAGGAAUGA